AUGGCGAUCAAGAAGAUCCACGCCCGCUCCGUCUACGACUCUCGUGGCAACCCCACCGUCGAGGUCGACGUUGUCACCGAGACCGGCCUUCACCGUGCCAUCGUCCCCUCGGGUGCUUCCACCGGUCAGCACGAGGCUUGCGAGCUCCGUGACGGUGACAAGACCAAGUGGGCUGGCAAGGGUGUCACCAAGGCUGUCGACAACGUCAACUCGGUCAUUGCUCCCGCCAUCAUCAAGGAGAACAUUGACGUCAAGGACCAGUCCAAGGUCGACAAGUUCCUCAUCGACCUCGAUGGAACCCCCAACAAGACCAAGCUCGGUGCCAACGCCAUCCUGGGUGUCUCUUUGGCCAUUGCCAAGGCUGGUGCCGCUGAGAAGAGCGUCCCGCUGUACGCUCACAUCUCCGACCUCGCUGGCACCAAGAAGCCCUACGUCCUGCCCGUUCCCUUCAUGAACGUCCUGAACGGUGGUUCCCACGCUGGUGGUCGUCUGGCCUUCCAGGAGUUCAUGAUUGUCCCCUCGGCCGCACCUACCUUCACCGAGGCCAUGCGCCAGGGUGCUGAGGUCUACCAGAAGCUCAAGUCUCUGGCCAAGAAGAAGUACGGCCAGUCUGCCGGCAACGUCGGUGACGAGGGUGGUGUCGCACCUGAUAUCCAGACGGCUGCUGAGGCCCUCGACCUCAUCACCGAUGCCAUUGAGCAGGCCGGCUACACCGGCAAGAUCAAGAUCGCCAUGGACGUUGCAUCCAGCGAGUUCUACAAGGAGGACGCCAAGAAGUACGACUUGGACUUCAAGAACCCCGACAGCGACCCCUCCAAGUGGCUCACCUACGAGCAGCUUGCUGAUCAGUACAAGGAGCUGGCCACCAAGUACCCCAUCGUCUCGAUCGAGGAUCCCUUCGCCGAGGACGACUGGGAGGCCUGGAGCUACUUCUACAAGACCUCCAACUUCCAGAUUGUCGGUGACGACUUGACCGUCACCAACCCUCUGCGCAUCAAGCGGGCCAUCGAGCAGAAGGCCGCCAACGCCCUGCUGCUCAAGGUCAACCAGAUCGGAACCCUGACCGAGUCGAUCCAGGCCGCCAAGGACUCGUACGCCGACGGCUGGGGCGUCAUGGUGUCCCACCGAUCCGGUGAGACCGAGGAUGUCACCAUCGCCGACAUCGUCGUCGGUAUCCGAGCUGGCCAGAUCAAGACUGGCGCCCCGGCCCGUUCCGAGCGUCUCGCCAAGCUCAACCAGAUCCUGCGCAUCGAGGAGGAGCUGGGCGACAACGCCGUCUACGCCGGCGAGAAGUUCCGCGAGGCCGUCAACAUGUAA